AUGUUUCCAAAUCAUGGUUUCCCAAUGUCAAUAAAUUCCUCAAACAAUAAUUCAAACGAUAACUCCGAAAAUAUUGAAUCGUUAGGAGAAAGCGUAUCUCAUGAUGCGCCUUCAACUUCAAAUCAAUUUCUCUUUAACAACAUUCGAUUUGGUAUCCCAGUAUGCAUUUUAAGAGCUCCAGAAGUUUCGAAUCCUACCUCUGUCAAAAUUGAUGAGAACUUAUCCGAGCAACAACAACCUUUACAAUUUGAUCAAACCAUUGGAGGAAAAUUUUGUGAUAAAUUUGCACUUCACGUCAUAUCGGUUGAGGAUGAUGUGAAAAAUAAUUUAUAUACAAAUAGAGUCUCAUAUAAUACACAAGAAAAUGCUUAUUAUGAAAAUGGUAUUUUAUUAAACAAAUAUAUCAAUGGAUGGGAAUCUGGAACCUAUCAAUGGGAUAAUAUUAAAUUAAAAAGAGAAUAUGAUUGGCGGAAAACUUAUUUAGCAAGAGAUCCUUCUGAAUCGAAAAUGAAUGAUGACGGCGAGAUCUCUUGGAAAUUUGAUUAUCGUAUGGGGGGUUUCAUAAUUAAUUCUCUUAAUAUCAGAUUAUCAUUUGGUACAUUUGAUAAUUUCGCUCGUGUUAAUUGGUUCAUCAUACCUUUACCUACGAUAAAAAAUCCAUGCCCAACUUGGCAACAAAUUCCAUUUGAUCCAUACACAGAACCUAGACAUUAUGUAAAUGAGAUCAAGAACCUUACCCGAUUUGUUAAAGAUGAAUAUGGGUUUAUACUAAGAGCUCAUUUAAGUGGUGGUGAUAAAACUUAUGUUAUAUGGCAGAAAACUCAAUUAUUUAGACAAAAUUAUAUUAACUCAUGCGCAGGCAUAUCUUUGGACGUUGAUGAUGAUGAGACUUUUGGAUUGGAUGUUAGAGUGGAAUUAAAGCCUGAUAUCAUUGUAGAUCCUUUACCAGAAUUAGAACCUACGAUUGAGGCCAGCGUGGGAAAAGAAAUUACGAAUGAGAAUAUAUCAUACGUUUUGAAUGAUGAAUCAACAAGUGAUUUCGUUAUCCAUUUGGAAAUUCCAAUUAGUGAUGAACAAAAGUCUGCGAGUUCCAAUGUUUCCAAUGUGGAGGUUAAAGAAUUUCAUGUAAAUUCAAAAUUAUUAUCAGCGAGAUCUGAUUAUUUCAAAGCGUUAUUGGAAUCAAACAUGAUUGAAUCACAAAAUAAGUCCCUUAAAUUAUCUUAUAUUUCUCAAGAAUCAUUGGAAAUGGUCCUUAAUUAUCUUUAUACGGGUACUAUCCCAGACACCCAAACUUUUGAUGAAUGGACCGAGUUGUUACACAGUGCUUCUAGAUUCCUUAUACCUGCUUUAAUUCAAAGGUGUGAAAAGGCUUUAAAAGGUUAUGUAAAUCAUGAUAACUUGAGUGAGAUUAAAGAUAUCGCUAUAAAUUGCGGUGCUGUUCAAUUGUUACAAUAUUGUAAAAUGUUUGAACCAAGGAAUGAUUAG